AUGCCAAAAGCCAAAAAGGUCAAAAGGGGGACGAGAGCAGCGAUGAAGAGUCCCAAUGAACUUACUCAAGACAAGACUCGUUCCCAGAUCCAUGUCGCAGACACAUGCGACGGACACGAGGCUGCAUGUAAUACAUCCUCAGACCCUAUACCAGCUAUCCCCAAGCCGGUGGAACACGAGAACGUUGUCAAGCCCGCCAGGCUGUUGACUAGGGACGAGCAGGAGGAGAUGAACACCACAAUCACCAACUAUACGCUCUUUCUCCAACGCACGGGCGGCAGCCACACCAUUCACGCGGUCGAGUGCACCACGUGGGCCGAAGCGACAGCAGCCACAACGCCAGACUGGUCUAUUGAGCACUUCAAGCAGGUUAUGGAGUGUCUUGUCCCCCUCCCGACACCUGAUCAUAACGACACCGGAAGGAGCCGCCUCUCUAGCCUCGAAAGCGACCACAACUACAUCACAGAGCUCAAGGGCAUUGUCUCGUCGCUUAUCUGGGCUUAUGGCCGUGCUCGUCGCGCGGCCUGCGUUACGAACCGUUAUUCCAUCAAGUGGGACAUGGUCAAGGCGAUUUGGGAUGCCGCAGAAGAAUGGAGCGAGCAGCUUGUAAAGGCAGAGAACACCGGGGUCGUCGAAUGUAGCGCAGGCUGGGUUCUUUCAUCCUUCGACCUUGUGGCUGGACAGAGUUGGGCGCUGGGCGAACGGCGUCCUGCAUCUGUCGGCCAGGAGACCGCCAUCUACGUUGCUUUCGUUCCAGGCCGCGCUGCAGCGAGCCCUCGCCGAACCGUCACUUGGGCUCCGGGUCGACCGCAGGACAUGGAAGCCGCACCUCACGCUCGCGCGCGACGUGCCGUACCUCCCUUCGGAACAAAUGCGGAGUCCCCGGUUCAAAUGGCCCGUCAGCAGCUUUGUGCUCAUGAGCUCGGCACCCGAUAG